AUGCCUCAACUUCUUAACAGCAUACUCAAUGUGAGUAAGGUAUUCCAGAAAUAUGCUGAACACCAUGGGGAAUGCACUUCACUGAGCAAGAUGGAGUUGAAGCAGCUGCUUCUCACUGAGUUUGGAGACAUCCUUCGGAGACCGAAUGACCCAGAGACUGUGGAAACCAUUCUGGAACACUUGGACCGAGACAGAAAUGGAUAUGUUGAUUUUCAUGAAUACCUCUUGUUGGUGUUCCAAUUGGCCCAAGCCUGCCAUCAUAAGCUAGAUAGUAAGUUGUAUGGAGGCAGAACCUCCUCCCAGAAAGACCGGGAUCAGAAAGGAACACAGAGCCAUAAGUUUUCAGAAAACACAGGCAGACAACAUAGGCAGAAUUCUCACAACAGUCAGUCUGAGGGACAAAGUCAGGAUGUCCAACAUGAUCAGUCUCAGAAACAAGAUAAGAACUCUCACUACGGUCACUCUGAGAGACAUGAUACAGACUCUCACCAUGGUCAGUCAGAGAGACAAGACAGGGAUUCCCACCAUGGUCAGUCAGAGAGAGAAGACACAGAUUACAGCUCUGAUCAGUCUGAGACAGAUGAUCAAUACUCUAGCUCUGGUCAAAGAUUGAGUUAUAAAUCUAGCAAUGACCAGGCCAAAAGUCAAGGAUAUGUCUUUGCCUUAAAUCAGUCUACGAACCCAGCUCAGGUUUCUCAUUAUGGCCAGUCUAAAACAUUUGGACGACAAAGCAGCCAUGGCCAGUCUGGAAGGCUCCGACAAGAUUCUUAUUCUAGUCAAACCAGUCAACAAGAAUCUGGUUCUUAUAAACAAUAUGGAAGGCAGCAUCAGAAAUCAGGCAACAGUCAGACAGACAGACCGGCCCAGAAUUCUCACAAUAGACAGCCAGACAAACAAAGAUAUAGUUUCCAACAUGAUCAGACAGAUGGACAAAGCCACAGUUUCCAUUAUGGACAGAUGGAUAAGCAAGGCCAGAAGGGUUUCCAACAUGGUCAGAUAGAUGGACAAGGCCAGAGUUCUCAUGACCAGACAAAGAGCAAAGGCCAAAAUUUUCACUGUGGUCAGACAGGCAGACAAGGCCAGAGUUCUCAGCAGGGUCAAUCAGACAACGAAGACCAGAGUUCAAGCUGGCAUCGGACAGACAGAGAUGGCCAUAGUUUUCAUUAUGAUCAGACAGGCAGACAAGGCCAGAGUUCUCAGCAGGGUCAAUCAGACAACGAAGACCAGAGUUCAAGCUGGCAUCGGACAGACAGAGAUGGCCAUAGUUUUCAUUAUGAUCAGACAGGCAGACAAGGCCAGAGUUCUCAGCAGGGUCAGAAAGGUGGACAAGGCCAGAGUUCUCACCAGGGUCAGAAAGGUGGUCAAGGCCAGAGUUCUCACCAGAGUCAGAAAGGUGGACAAGGACAGACUUCUUACCAGGGUCAGAAAGGUGGACAAGGACAGACUUCUCACCAGGGUCAGAAAGGUGGACAAGGACAGACUUCUCACCAGGGUCUGAAAGGUGGACAAGGACAGACUUCUUACCAGAGUCAGAAAGGUGGACAAGGACAGACUUCUCACCAGGGUCAGAAAGGUGGACAAGGACAGACUUCUUACCAGGGUCAGAAAGGUGGACAAGGACAGACUUCUUACCAGGGUCAGAAAGAUGGACAAGGACAGACUUCUCACCAGGGUCAGAAAGGUGGACAAGGACAGAGUUCUCACUGGGGUCAGAAAGGUAGACAAGAAAUGAGUUCUCAUCAGGGUCAGAUAGAUAGGCAGAGACAGAGUUCUCACCAGGGUCAAUCAGACAAUGAAGACCAGAGUUCAAGCUGGCAUCGGACAGACAGAGAAGGACACAGUUUUCAUUAUGAUCAGACAGGCAGUCAAGGCCAGAGUUCUCACCAGGGUCAGACAGGCAGUCAAGACCAGAGUUCAAGCUGGCAUCGGACAGACAGAGAUGGCCAUAGUUUUCAUUAUGAUCAGACAGGCAGACAAGGCCAGAGUUCUCAGAAGGGUCAGAAAGGUGGACAAGGACAGACUUCUCACCAGGGUCAGAAAGGUGGACAAGGACAGACUUCUCACCAGGGUCAGAAAGGUGGACAAGGACAGACUUCUCACCAGGGUCAGAAAGGUGGACAAGGACAGACUUCUCACCAGGGUCAGAAAGGUGGACAAGGACAGACUUCUCACCAGGGUCAGAAAGGUGGACAAGGACAGACUUCUUACCAGGGUCAGAAAGGUGGACAAGGACAGACUUCUCACCAGGGUCAGAAAGGUGGACAAGGACAGACUUCUUACCAGGGUCAAUCAGACAAUGAAGACCAGAGUUCAAGCUGGCAUCGGACAGACAGAGAAGGCCACAGUUUUCAUUUUGACCAGACAGGCAGUCAAGGCCAGAGUUCUCACCAGGGUCAGACAGGCAGUCAAGACCAGAGUUCAAGCUGGCAUCGGACAGACAGAGAUGGCCAUAGUUUUCAUUAUGAUCAGACAGGCAGACAAGGCCAGAGUUCUCACCAGGGUCAAAUAGACAGACAAAACCAGAGUUCUCACUGUGGUCAGUCAGAGACUGGGAAAACUGAACUUCAAGGGCAAAACAGGUACUUCCAAGGAACUGAUAAAACAAGGAGAGACUCAUAUGUUGAGCAAUCUGGAAGGUCAGGAAAACUAAGUCAACAGACUUCAAGAGAGGGAGUGAAUCAAACCCAGAGACAGAGAUUCCAGGAUAGAAGGGAGCAGCAAACUCACCGCCAGGCAUGGAAACCUGAAGAAGAUAAUCAACACAAACUCUUGGCUCAGAUACAGCAAGAAAAGCCAUAUUCCCAUAAUGAGUAUGACUGGCAAUCCCAGAGUAGUGAGGAGGGCCACUGGGCAGAGGAAGGGCAUCAUCAAAGCUGGGAUAGGCACAGUCUUGAGGAUCAGGAAAGUCUAUAUGAGAUGCAGAACAGGCAAACCCAUGAAGAUGAAAAAAGCCAUCAGUCAAGGGAUAGGCAAACCCAUGUAGAUGAGCAGAAACAGCAAAGACAACACAGGCAAACUCAUGAAGAAAAUCAAGGUCAUCAACAUGGUAGACAAAGCCAUGAAGAUGAGCAAAGCCAUCAGGGACAAGACGAACAUCAAAAUCAUCAACAGUGGGAUGAACAAACUCAUGAAGAAAACGAGAGGUUUCAAGGACCCCAAGACCAAUCCAGGAGUUUCCCCAACAAAGAAAAAUUCCACAUGAAUGAAGAGGACCAGUGCCAAGGAUCCCAGGAAAGACAUUUCCAUCCAACUCAUGGUGGUGAGAGGUCCCAAAGAAGAGAACAACACAGAAACCACCCUACCAAAACAGCUAAUUCCCCCAACCCCUUCUAUGACUAUGUACGAGAGCAAGCAGCUUAUCAAUACUAG